AUUUUUUAAUACUAUUUUAUUUUGUUCGCCAUUUGAGUUGAUCGGUUUUUUCCACUCGCUCUUCCGCGGCCGAAUUAACUGUUCUUUCAUCUUCAAUCACCCGAAUGUUCCUUUUGAUCCCAUCUAUGCCUAAUGAGCAUGCGUGUGAGAAUGUUCGUAGUUAUAUGUGUGUGCAUAUAUGUGUGUGUGGAGCACGCGCGUCCCUAACCUCUUAUUGCAUUCGCGAACGAUUGUUAAAAAAAGAAAAAUUCGCGAUUAAUUCUCUAAAAUUUCGACUCUGAAAAAAAGAAUUACGAUCGAAAUAAAAAACAUCGCGCUGCAAAACUAAUUCUUUCUUAAUUUUUUUGUAAUUUAACAACGACGAGUUCACGCGGACCGGCUCGUGAUGGCCGAAUGUUGGGACACGCCAAAUUUAAACGGGGAUGUUUUUAGGAACAUAACGUUCAUGAAAAAUCGUACACCCGUUGAUACCAGGCAGCUACAAGUUCUCUUAAUUUACGACGAAAACAAUGCUAUUCUUGGAGGUACUAACAUGGUUGAUCUCUAUUGGAACGGUACUUUCUGGUAUUAUAAUGAUAUUGCAGAUUUCUCAAGAGAAAAAGCAACCUUGACACAGCAGAUGGACAGUGGAAUCUGUGACGCCGCUUAUCUGAGUCAAAAUAAAUUUGCUAUUGUAGAGGAUAGUGGAGCUGUACAGAUCUGUGAGAUAAUUACUUCCCAAACAGGGAAAGAAUUCCGUCAGCUCGAAUAUGCCUGUCAGCACGACGACAGUAUCUUGACAGUAUCAGUAUUUUCUAAUAAAAACAUUGUCACAGGAGGGAUGGAUUGUUGUUUAAAAAUCUGGGAUGUGGAGGAUUUAAUCACAACUUAUUCGUACAGUUAUGCACAUACAGAUGUUAUCACUAGUAUAGAUGUAAAUCCUAUAUGCGAUUCUAUAUUUACAUCAGUCUCUUUAGAUUGUGAAUCGUUACUCUGGGACAUUAGACAAGCUAAACCAGCUACUUAUAUUUUUAAGAAAAAUGAAAGUCCUUUAUCAGCAGUAGCCUGGAAUACUACCUUGGAUCAUCUCAUAGCAAUAGGUACAACUGAUGGUAACAUUGCAUUAAUAGAUAUCAGACAAACGGAGACACCAUUAUAUGAAUCAAUCGAAUGUGAUAGAGGCAUACAUAAGUUGUUAUUCAAUCCAAAUCCAGAAAGGAAAGAACAAUUGGCGUGUUGUUUUGAUAACACAUUGGUAAAGGUACUCGAUACUCAUAGAGAAUUGUUGCAGAUAUAUGAAGAUAAUAGUCAUAACGAUUUUGUACGAGGACUCGCAUGGUGUAAAGACGAUUUAUACUCGUGUUCUUGGGACGCAAAUGUGAUUAAACAUUCUUCUAAGAACGAUAGUUCAAGUUAAUGACACAUAAAAAAUUGUGUGAUAUUAAAAUUAUUUUCUACUUCAUAAUAAAAUAUUCAAUUUAUUAUUUGAAAUAACACCUCGAUAUAAUGAACAUGCCGCGAGAGAUUGAAUACUAUUCAUUAUGUAUCAAUGACAAAUACUGAUCGCAACUAGGAGAGAACUUCAUGUUAAUUCAAAAUUCACAAGAAUAAUCAAAAAUUCACAAGAAAGGUGCGUUCAAUUGUUAAAUCGUAACUUCACUUUACAAGCAGUGAUACAGAUGUAAUUUUAGUGCAUUUAACAUAUUGGAAAACAUUCCUCUUGUAUUUAUUUAAAUUUCUUGAUCAGUCAAAACAUUUCAGACAUUUCUACAAUAUAAUUACGAUACUCUCUGUUUAUUCUAUAUUAUUCAUAUUGCAGAAAAAGAGAGAAAAAUACCUGAAAUAUCUAAAGAUUAUCGCUAUAUAUAACAGUAAUGUAAAGGAAUCAAACAUAUCAAUAUAACAAAUUCCUGUAUCU